AUGGAUAUCGACCCCAUCAGAAGAAAUAAGAAACCCCGCCUCCUGUUGGAGUCCGAGCGAGAACGUCUAGAUGAGUUUAUCGACUCUAUCCACUACUCUUCGCGAUACUCGGACGACAAAUACGAAUAUCGCCAUGUGCAACUGCCGAAGAACAUGCUUAAGAAGAUCCCCGCAGAUUAUUUUGACAGCGCGAAAGGAACUUUGAAACUCCUAUGGGAAGAGGAAUGGCGAGCUUUGGGGAUUACGCAGAGCUUAGGGUGGGAACACUACGAGGCGACCUUUGAAUUACCAGCCACCAAUGGCACAAUAGAAGUGAUGAAAUCGGUGGCGGAGCAGAUGGACAUUAUCGCCUCUCCUCUUCCUGAGAAGCAAUAA